UUCUAUCACAUUACCUACCUUACCAGUUGUCCUUCACCGUGUAUCGGUCGGCUAUCAAUUUAAAAUCUUAAACAAUUUAUAUAACCAACAUGGCAGCGUUAAGAGGUAGUGUUCGUCAGCUGGGCAAACUUAACUCUACAUUUUCAUGUAGUAGACGAGGAUUAGCAACGAGUCGUUCAACCAUCUCAAGAUUCUCCAAGCCUCUCUUAAUUGGAGGUUUAGCAGCAGGAACUGGACUCGGUUGGUUAUAUAAAAAUAAAGACAAUUUUAAAACAACAGUAGACGAGGCCAUCAGUGCUGUUACUCCGACACCUGUGUUUGCUGCAGCACCACCAGCAAGUCAACCUUCUGUGUUCUCACAAGGCAAAGAUCAUGCUUUGUAUCUUUGGAUUCAUCUUAAACCCACUGCCAAUGUUAAAGAAGUCGGGCGUGCCUGUGCCAAAUUACAGAACUUGGUAGAUCAAGUGACAGAUCCUAAAAUGAGUGAUGAAAGUGAUGAAAUAUGGGCUGGUGUUGGCUUUGGUCCAAAUAUUUACAAACAGUUGGGAGGUAAUCCUAAAGAAAAUUAUACAUACGCUUACAGGAAAGGAACAUUAGGCGAAAUGCCAAGCUCUGGUGGCGAUGUCUUCAUCCAUGCUAAAUGUAACACUGUUAGUAAACUGUUUGAACUAAGUCAAUUAUUCCUGAACAGUUUACCUGCUGGUAGUGUAGACAAUGCAGAAGACAUUUUUAGUUUCGUAUAUCAAAAUGGACGAGAUUUGUCUGGAUUCAUUGAUGGUACAGAGAACCCAGCAGACGACGAUUCGCGACAAAACGUUGCGGUAGAGAAAGACACUGGAGGAAGCUAUGUGAUUACACAGAAGUGGAUCCAUGACUUAAAACUAAUAUCAACAGAAAAGGACAAGACAAUGGAAGGCUGGGUUGGCAGAACUAGAGCCGACAGUAUAGAACUCAAAAAGAAAACUACAUCAUCUCAUGUAGCCCGCAUGACAGGAGGAACAAAUUUCGAACAGAAAAAGCCAUUUGAGAUGGUCAGACAAUCUAUGCCAUUCGGAAACGUUACUGGUGAGGCUGGGUUAUUUUUCAUUGGAUACACAGCUUCUCCGGAGAACCUUAACUUUAUGUUGGACCGUAUGGUUGGUGCUGGUGGCGAUGGCGUCAGUGACGAUAUCAUGAGGUUAACAAAGAAUGUCAAGGGAACAUAUUGGUACUUUCCAGGUGUUGCAGAACUGAGAAAGAUGGCAUAAAGAUAACAAAAAAAUCGAACAAUUUUUAGCUAUUCUUAAUACUACGCAUAUGCAAUACGAUCGUUUGUUAACAUAUAUCGUAUAAUCAAAAUGUUUAUGCUAAGUCUCACUCAUAUAUACAUUAAAAUUCAUGUUUUAGAAGGAUAA